AUGGGUAGUCGGCUGCGGCUGAUAUGGGAUAUUUUCAUCGCAGCAGCGAUUGUUGGAAUUACUUCUUAUAUCAUCUACGAUGCUAUUGCAGAUAAUGAAGAGAAAACUACGACAACGGCAAUGCCUACAACAACGACUCUUUCAGAUAGUGACUAUGCAGAUUCAAUAAAAGUCUGCACAAAUCCGCAUGAAAAACUGGAGCAUCCAGAGAAAUAUCCCGAAAGUCCGCUGGAUGAAUACGUUUGGAGAGAUGACGGAGCGUUCAAUUUUGAGGUCAUGUCAAAUGAGGUUGUUUCCACCGCGAACGGUGACAUGCAGGUCAUAAAAGCCAAUUUUACAUCUCAACUUUGGCUUCCUGAUGAAGACUGGCAUCUAGAAGCUACUGGGAAUAAGUAUUGGAUCCACUGGCUUACAAUUUUUGUCCCACUUCCUGAUCAUAAGUAUUAUGAUGAGCGACUUGUCAACACAGCUGCUUUACUCGUCGAAGGUGGGAGCAAUAAAAAGGGAGAAACAGGUCCACCAGACGGCACCACCCUCGGGACAUUUCUAGGCAAGCGAUUCGCGUCGUUUUCUGGAGCUGUCAGCAUAUCUUUGGAGCAAAUACCAAAUGGGCGUAUGCGUUUCAAGGACUGGAAUAACGGCAAUUCUGGUCUGGGUGGGGACGAUCUAAUUGGGUACACAUGGAGACGAUUUUUGGAGACAGGCGGAACUGAGCACGAGAGGCUUCUUUUGAUGCCGAUGGCCAAGGCCGCUGUCCUGGCCUUCAACGCCACUUCAGACAUUCUCCAACAAGAGCAAUGCGGUCGAAUUGGAUCAAAACAUCCUUGCAGAAAAGCUCCACUCGAAAAGUACAUGCCAUGGGGCUACUCAAAGCGAGGAUGGACGGCGUGGCUCACUGCUGCUGUAGAUUACAAGCGUGUCGCUGCGGUCAAUCCUAUCGUGUUGAGCUUUCUGAAUAUGAUUCCCAAUUUUCAUCAUUACUGGCGUGCAUUCGGCGGCUGGAGCUUCGCCAUGGCUCCAUAUUAUAAGCAAAAUAUUACGAAAACGUUGGACGACCCGCUUAACAUUGAAGCGGCAAAGAUUCUCGACCCAUACACGUUUAAGGGGGUGGUGGUCGAGAAUUAA